AUGAGAGUGUGGUCAAUUAAGGUAUUUACAGAAAUGACCCUAUUUGGUUGUUUAAAAUCUAUUUGUUCAAAUAACUAUAGUAGUAGAUAUAGUUUAGAAUUUGAUAUCAAUAAUAUUAAUAAUAAUAAUAAUAAUAAUGGAACAUUAUUAUCCAUAAAUACAACAUCGGCAAUCAUUCCAGGUAGUCAUGGAUAUGGAAGAAAGGUCCCAAUCGCCAGAAGGUUCUAUGGUGCUACUUAA